AUGGAAUUCAAGCUAGAAGCCCACCGCAUCGUCAGCAUUUCUCUGGGCAAGAUCUACAACUCGCGGGUCCAGCGCGGCGGCAUCAAACUGCACAAGAACCUAUUGGUCUCGCUGGUGCUGCGCAGCGCUCGCCAAGUAUACCUGAGUGACCCGUGCCCUGGUCUCUACCUGGCUGGCCCCGCAGGGAGCCCCGUGGCGCCACCACAGCAGCCAAGGGAGCCUGCGGCCAGACUACCCGCCAGCUGGGGAGAGCCGCCUCCGCCGGCCAGCCGCGCAGCCUGGCAGGAGACCGAGCCGCAGUCGGAGUUCCGCGCUGCCCCAAGCGAGCCGCGGAAGGAUGACGCAGAGCCCACGGCCCCUGUGACGGGAACCGGGAACACUCUUCAGGACCGAGAAGCGGAGGCGGCGGAAGCUGCCUGGCACCGCGUGGUGGGAGUACGCGAAGCGGUGGUCCGGCGCCCUGCGGCAGGCUCGGACGUUUUCCCCGAGGAGUCUCGGGCUGUGCGCCGCCCCUGCUGCUGCCCCCCACGCGGAGAGGACAAGCUGGGCUUGGCGACUGGAUCCCCCCGUGUUGACUGCUGCUGCGAGCCCCGGCCCGCUUCGAAGGAGCCUCCUGCGCCGCCCCUCGUCUGCCCCAGGAAGCGCGGCGCAGCGGGGGUGGGCGGUGGCCCCGCAGGCUGCCCGGCGCCCGGCUCGACCCCGCUGAAGAAGCCUCGCCGGAACUUCGAGGAGCAGCCGGGUGAGGGAGAAGAGGAGGAGGAGAUGGACACCGGUAACGUGGCGAACCUCAUUAGCAUCUUCGGUUCUAGCUUCUCGGGACUCUUACGGAAAAAAAGCCCUGGGGGCGGCAGGGAGGAAGACGAGGGCGAGGAGAACGGGCAGGAAGCCACCGAGCCUGGGCAGAUCUGCUGCGAUAAGCCUGUGUUGAGAGACAUGAACCCAUGGAGCACAGCCAUCGUGGCCUUUUGA